CUCGUUCAAAUUAUAAAAAGACACAUCAACACAUACUCGUUCCCUAAGAAAAUCUCAAAAUAAUUAAUACCAGUAUUCCAAAAAAAAAAAGGAGAAAUAUGUUGUCCACUAAAAUCCAGGUACGAGGGCAGCCACUUCCUCCGGCAAGAAACCACCGUAUGAUACACUCAGUUGUUUGCAGAGUUUCCACAAAACGUCACCACCGUGAAAGCAGUGUACUCAGCAGUGAGAGUUGUCCAUCGUCGGAUUCUGUCCCAACAAAAACCCGUAAGAGCCAGUUUUGCUCUGGCAACGUUGACGGUAAAUUCGGGAGGUUCGGUGGGAAGUUUGUACCGGAGACAUUGAUAUCUCGCCUGAAAGAUCUCGAAGAAGAAUUCAAUUUUCUUUUGAGCGACCACAAAUUUCAGGAGGAGCUUACCACAGCAUUAAGAGACUACGUAGGAAGAGAAACGCCUCUCUACUUCGCCGGACGUCUAACCGAACACUACAAGAACAUAGCUCGAACAAUCGGAGGUGGGCCUGAGAUUUACCUGAAAAGGGAAGAUCUUAGCCACUGUGGGUCUCACAAAAUCAAUAACGCUCUUGCUCAGGCCAUGAUUGCUCGGCGGCUUGGUUGCAGCCGUGUGGUGGCUGCCACAGGAGCCGGACAACAUGGAGUCGCCACAGCCGCUGCAUGUGCAAAGAUCUCCUUGGGGUGUACUGUCUACAUGGGAGCUACUGAUAUAGAGAAACAAUUGGUGCUCAGUAUAAAAUAUAAUGAUUCAAAUACAAGGAUAAAACAUGUGAAAUCAGUAGAGGGAACAUUCAAAGAUGCAAGUUCAGAGGCGAUUCGACAUUGGGUCGAGAACCUAGAUUCCACAUACUUCUUAUUGGGCACGGUCGUAGGACCGCACCCAUGUCCGAUAAUGGUACGUGAGUUUCAAUCCGUGAUUGGGAAAGAGACAAGAAGGCAAGCUAAUCAACUAUGGGGUGGUAAUCCUGAUGUAUUAGUAGCUUGUCUUGGAAGUGGCUCAACUGCAUUGGGUUUGUUCCAUGAGUUUGUUGGAGACGAGGAUGUACGGUUAGUCGGUGUCGAGGCCGCAGGGCUCGGUCUGGAUUCUGGGAAACAUUCGGCUACUUUGGCCGUUGGCCAUGUUGGUGUGUACCAUGGUUCCAUGAGCUAUUUAUUGCAAGAUGAUCAAGGACAGAUAGUCAAACCACACUCCGUAGGAGUAGGGUUAGAGUAUCCUGGAGUUGGACCGGAGAUUAGCUUCCUGAAAGAAACCGGAAGAGGUGAGUUCUACACAGCAACAGACCAAGAAGCCAUUCAAGCGUGCAUGCUAUUGAGUAGAUUGGAGGGAAUAAUACCGGCACUGGAAACGUCUCAUGCGCUCGCGUUCCUUGACAAACUCAUUCCUACUCUACGUGAUGGAGCCAAGGUGAUCGUGAAUUGUAGUGGCCGUGGCGACAAAGAUCUUGACACUCUCAUCCAACGAGGCAUAUCUUUUCCUAAUUGUUGACUCAACAAGAUUCCAUAUUACACUCAACUCGUCCAGAAAUCGUAUGGCCGUAUAGGUGCAACAUGAUAACCUUCACUACUAAUACAUCAAAUCUUUAUCCAAAAUUAUGAUCAUUUGAUGUAGCUACCUUAAAUAACUCAUCCCCCUGGUAAUUUCUUAUCAUUAAGAUGUGGUAUAAUGAACGAACGAUCUGUAACUACAAUUUUAUAUUCAAACGCUUCAAAAAAUGGACCGUUAAAUU